CCAUCCAAUAGCAGGAGACAGAGCGCUGUGUAGGCGGGGCUAGAGGAGGGAUCUGGAUGUGCUGGCUGAAGUGUCACUAGCAGGAAGGAUGAAGGCUGUUGCCUGGUGGUAACUUCCCGGUGAGGUGGGAAUGCGGAGGCGCCCUGCCGCUCUGACAGGGUUACAUGGGAGUAGUAUCGCAGAUCCUGCUGCUGCUAUAAGGGGCAAUCACGGUAAUUCCCCCACCAGGCAUGUGCUGUGGAGGUCUGGUUCAAGGAAACCUUCAGGAUGACCCAGCUUCAGGUGCUUGGAGUUGGGUGAUUGACACAUCAAUGGCAGUGACAGAGUCUCAAUGGCCACCCCCGUGUGCUCGUUACUGCCUGCGGGCUGCACUGGUGGUGUUGUCUGGGUCACUACUGGUGGCCCUCUUACCCCUGAGUGGCUUGGACGAGCAGUAUACAGCUGCUAUAAAGGUUCUGCUGCAGUGUAAUCUCUGGGGAAGUGACGAGCGGGUACACAAAUACACUGGGCAUUCUACAGGUCUUGCUGUUGCUUCAACUGCGAUCGAACUUUUGGUGUUUAAACAGAAACCAUCUCCAGAUAUAAAGUAUGAAGCUAAAGCUGCUUUGAACCAAGCCUUAGAAAUGAAGCGACAAGGCAAGAAAGACAAGGCCCAUAAACUGCUACUCCAUUCCCUGAAGAUGGAUCCAGAUCACGUGGAUGCCCUUAAUGAGCUUGGCAUUCUACUAGAGGAAGAAAAGGACAUCAUACAGGCGGACUAUCUGUAUUCCAAAGCAUUAAUGAUCUCUCCACACAAUCAGAAAGCUCUGGUAAACAGAGAUCGGACUUUACCAUUAGUUGAAGAAAUAGAUCAGAGAUAUUUUAGUAUCAUUGACAGUAAAGUAAAAAAAGUGAUGUCCAUUCCAAAAGGUAACUCUGCUCUCCGCAGGGUCAUGGAAGAGUCUUAUUAUCACCACAUUUACCACACAGUGGCUAUUGAAGGAAACACCCUUUCGCUGUCUGAAAUUCGCCAUAUAAUUGAGACGCGCUAUGCCGUGCCGGGGAAGAGCCUUGAGGAACAGAAUGAAGUCAUUGGAAUGCAUGCUGCAAUGAAAUACGUCAACACCACCUUAGUGUCCCGCAUAGGAUCUGUGACAAUCGAUGACAUAUUAGAGAUACACAGGAGAGUGCUGGGCUAUGUGGACCCUAUUGAAGCUGGACGGUUUCGUACGAACCAAGUGUUUGUGGGUCAUCAUAUUCCACCACAUCCUGGAGAUGUGUACAAACACAUGCAAGAGUUUGUGCAGUGGCUUAAUUCGGAGGAUGCAAUGAACUUACAUCCUGUAGAAUUUGCAGCCUUAGCCCAUUAUAAACUGGUCUAUAUCCACCCUUUUGUAGAUGGUAAUGGAAGGACUUGUCGUUUACUGAUGAAUCUUAUCUUGAUGCAGGCAGGAUACCCACCAAUCACUAUCCGGAAGGAGCAGAGAUCAGAAUAUUAUCUUGUGCUAGAACUUGCAAAUGAAGGUGAUGUGAGGCCUUUCAUUAGAUUUAUUGCCAAAUGUACAGAGACCACCUUAGAUAUGUUGCUGAUAGCUACGGCAGAGCAUCCAGUAGGUCUCCCAGAGCCCAACUCUGACAUCUCUGAGUGCAAGCAAACUAUUCAAGUGAAGACCUGAACACUAUAGAAAAUGUGGCCUUUGUCAUCUUGUACACUUACACCUCAUAGGAUGUUGCUCAUAGUUACAUCUCAUUCAUUUAUUCGAUCCUUGUUAUUUGCUGCUAGAUUUAUGUAACAUUGCAGUUCAUGUCAUGGGAGGAAUGUGCUACAGUGAAACUAACAGUUUUAAUAAAUUUAGACAAUAGGAAGUAUAAUAUUAAGGCCAUACACUUGACAUUCAAUAAAUUAAAUAUAAAUAUAUAUAUAUAUAUAUAUAUAUAUAUAUAUAUAUAUGUUAUAGUGAUAUACUCCAUCUAAAGAAGUGUGACCUUGUUCAUCCCAAUUUCCAUUUUCCUGAGAAUUAUUAAAAACCUGGAAGCAUACCAACUCCAAACCACAUCGGACUAGAUGCUGUUACUCUAAACUAGUUUUACAGCGUUCUCAAUGUCUCUAUGCUCCUUUAAAAGUCCUCACUUUAAGUGGUCCCAUGUGCAAAUAUAGUCCCUACCUAUAUAUACAUAUAUAUAUAUAUAUAUGUGUGUGUGUGUGUGUGUAUGUGUA